UGAAAGUGACAGGAUGCAUGGUGGGUGUUGGUGUGAAGCUGUUUUUAUCCUUUAUUUCAGCCACAAAGAGGAAAUAUGAUCAGUAUUUUCAGAUCAGCAGCAGAGAAAAGUCUUUCAGUUCAGCGGCUGAUAGACGGACAGGAGAUGUUGGUUCUGGUUCUGGUCGUUGUGCUUCAGUUUGAAGGAACCAGAGGAGGAAAAAUUGAUCUCUAUCACAGAGAAGGAGAAAAUGUUGUUCUACCUUCAGAGAGACCUUCAUCAGAUUACCCAUGCUCCAUAAUUAACUGGCUUUACAGUAGAGAUGGAAGAACAACUAACACAGAGGUUGGAAAUGGAAAAGUUGUUCAGAGUUCACCUCGAGCUUCCAGGUUAAAUAUGGACAGUAGCUGCUCUCUGAUCAUCAACAACAUCACUGCUGAUGAUGCUGGACUUUACACCUGUAGACCUGGUCCAGGACCCUCCUCAGAUGACCGUGUGCUUCUGAAUGUUUUAACCAUCUCUCCAUCUCCUACCGAUGCUGAUCCAGCAAAGGAAGAUUUCACUUUACGCUGUUCUUUGGUGAGAUACGGAGAUUUGGGUUCUUGUCCAGAUAAAAGUCUCCUCUGGGUGGAUGAGACAGGAAGUGAACUGACUGGUGAAGGUGAUGAAUAUAAGUUUGGAGGACAGACUGGUUGUGUUUCUCUUCUGACUGUGAAUCUUCAGAGCAGCAGAAGAUUCACCUGCCAGUUUAUUGAAGGAGACAAAGUGAAGAUAGAAGCUCACUAUGGAUCUGAAGCAGCUCCUGCCGGUUACACCUCCAUCACCAUCAUCAUCGUUGGGUCAGUGAUCGUCGUUCUGCUGCUGCUGGUUGUUCUUGCUGCUGUUUUUACCAAACUCAGGAAAACCAGAAAUAAAGAGGAUCACAAAACUGCAACAGAUCAAGAUUCAACCUGUGGAAAUCAUCAUUACGAUGAGCUGCAGUCCGACCUGACCUACGCUACUGUUAACCUUCCUGAAACCUCUCAGAAGACAAAGGACAAACGAGACAAAGACACUGUGGCUUAUUCUACUGUCAGGACUAAAGAGAAGACAGAGGCGGACUGAUCUCAGCGACCUCUAAAGCUACUUCACCGAGCCCAACACACUGAGCCCAAAACACCGAGCCCAAAACACCGAACCCAACACACUGAGCCCAACACACCGACCCCAACACACUGAGCCCAAAACACUGAGCCCAAAACACUGAGCCCAAAACACCGAACCCAACACACUGAGCCCAACACACCGAGCCCAACACACCGAGCCCAACACACCGAGCC